AGCUGGCUGCGGGCCCACGCUUCGUCUCGCCUUGGCCUAGCCGUUCCAUUCAGAAUUUCAGAUACCACGCCCCCCACGACGCGCGCUCCUCAUCGUCCGUCGCGGCGUGGGUUUCUCUUUCUCCUUCGCAAGACAAGAUGAGAGAAAUCCUCCGGAAACCCUAGCUUCGCGCCCAUGUUGAUCGAUCACCCCUCUUCUUCCGAUCCGCGGAAUUGAUCUGCUGAUCAAUCGAUCCGCCACCCCCGGCCGGCUUCUUGCUGCUUGCUGCGCAGCGAUCAUGCAGCAGGGGUUCGACCUCGCCACCUACCAGCUGUUGCAGCUCCUGUCCGGCGAGGCGCUCGAGGGCGCGGGCGGCCAGGACGGGAACGCAGCGGCCUUCUUCCAGCCUCAUCCUCCCCCGCAGGCGCCGAUGCUGGGAGUCGACCACCAGUGGGCGAUCGACCCGGCGGCCUACGUCGCCUCCGCGCUGCCUCAGAUUCCGGGUGAAGGUACGUGGGCCGGGAACGGCGAUGCGUUCCUGCUCAGCGGCGGGGACUGGGCGGGGAGCGGCGGGGUCGUGCCUGGCCAGGGCGAGGUCUGGGCGGCGGGGCCGGAGCCGGUGGAGGAUGGCUCGAUGAUGCUUGACGGCGACGCGUUCUUGGGGAACGGCCAGCCGGCGCACGGCGGAGGCAUGCAGGACCUGCUGAUGGGCGGCCCCGACUUCAGCAAGUUCGACCCGGCGCUCUUGGCCUCGGUCUUGAUCAACUCGCUGCCGGCGAACCAAGCGCCCGAUCACCCAUCAAUCCACGCGCCACCCACGAUUGUCCUGCCAGCACCUCAGCCGAACCAACCGGCCUCCGAUUUUCCGGGUCCGAGUAGGAGUACCCAUGUCGGCGCCACCGACGACACGCCGGGGAUGACGUGCCAAAUGCCCACUUACUCGCCGGUGAUGACGUCCCAAAUGCCCGGUUUCCCGUCGGCGAUGGAUUACCCGCAGGACGCAUCCGUCCACAUCCAACAGGCGGUGCCUGACGAGGAGGAGGCGGCGGAAGUGGCCCAGAUGGUUCGCGUGGCGGCGGCGUGUGGCGACGAGGCGUCCACCGUGUGGUCCGAGGAGGAGGACCAGGUGCUGCGCGAAGGCCUGUCUCGGUUUGCAGACCAAGACAAUGUCCACAAGUGCUUCAGCAUUGCGUCUGGGCUGCCCAAGAAGACUGCACACGAUGUUGCCUUUCGGAUCCGGUGGUUGUCGGACUUUGAGCAAAAGAAGAGAGGUGCUAAUCAACCACAGCUAGAGCAACAAAAAUCUGCAGGAGGAAACCUUACAAAGCAGAAGAAGGGAGCUGCAAAGCAAGCACAGCUUGAGCAAGAAAAACCUGCAGGAGGAAUGUUUAGAAAGGUAAGUGCAACAGAGCAUGUUCUUCUGAAUUUCGUGUGUAGAGAACCCUUGCAACAGAGGGUUACAAAGUUUGGCCGGAAAUAUUUUGAGAUAUACCAGUAG